GGCUAGUCCGGUGGGGUGUGGUGUUUCCUUGGUAGACGAUUCUGCCUAAAGAAAUUAAAUAUAUUAUUAAUUUUGUAUCUUAGUAAGCAUUAGGUUUUAUAAGUGUUUUUCAAUCAGUGGUGGCCUUUACUUGGUGAAAUGAAAGUGUGCUAAAGAUAUUUUUUUGGAGUGCUGGAAUGGUGAAUUGAUUUUUUCCCCCGAAGUUGAAGUGACGGAGGCACACCCCUAAAGUUGUCAACUAAGAGGACAGUAGCCGUUUAACCAUGGCAGUCCGGAUGGAAAACUCUGCGCCGAGGAAAUUAAAUUACAAAAUGAUGGGGACCAACGGGCCUCGACCGAACUACGGUGGGGCCAGUAACGGCAAGGCUGGGGGCCGCGGGCCGGUGGCCAGCCUCCAGCAGCCGCAGCAACAGCAGCCGCAGCCGGCGCUGGGGGGCGGCUACCGCGGCGCGGGCGGCGGGGGCGGCAGCUGGCCCGGCGGCAGCCAGUACCCCGCGCUGCGGUACCCCGCGCCGCAAGCGGCCGGCCAACCCGGGGGCGGCGGCGGAGGCGGCAGCGGGCCGGCGGCGGGUCCGCAGCCACAGCCCCAGCAGCAGCCCCAGCCGCAGCAGCCCAACGCCGCCGCCUACAACUCCUACCCUCAGCCAGCGCAAUAUGGCACGCAGCGUGUACCGACUGCUGCGUCACCUUCGAACACAAACAGCAGCUCCAGCUCCAAUACCGGGUCUCAGAGUGGAACCCUUAGCACUAGCCUCAGCAACAAUGUUAGUUCCAAUGUCGGUGGCAGUGGGAGUGCCAGCAGCAACAGUGGUGAACAGUUAUCGAAAACCAACCUGUACAUCAGAGGACUUUCUCAGAAUACGACUGAUAAGGACCUUGUCAACAUGUGUUCACAGUAUGGCACCAUUAUUUCAACGAAGGCAAUAUUAGACAAGAAUACUAAUAAAUGCAAAGGUUAUGGGUUUGUGGAUUUUGAAUCACCUGCAUCAGCAGAGGCUGCUGUGAAAGCACUCCAGGCAAAGGGCAUCCAAGCGCAGAUGGCGAAAGUGGGUAUUUCGUUGCUGCGUAGACCGCCCAGUCAACAAGAACAAGAUCCAACUAAUUUAUAUAUUGCCAAUCUACCAGCAACUUUUAAGGAAAAUGAUGUUGACAACAUGCUGGCAAAGUAUGGGCAAGUUAUCUCUACAAGAAUCCUCAGGGACACAACUGGUCAAAGUAAAGGUGUCGGGUUUGCAAGAAUGGAGUCAAAAGAGAAAUGUGAGCAAAUAAUACAGAUGUUCAAUGGCAACCAGCUGGCUGGGUGCAAGGAACCACUUCUUGUAAAAUUUGCUGAUGGUGGAAGCAAAAAAAGGGUUCUGUACAAGGCCACAGAUCAGCGAAUGUGGCGGGAUACUGGAGAGGCUGGUGCCUGGUUGCAUUGUGGCAGCUUAGUACCUCCCGGUGCCCCUGUCAGCUAUGAUCCAUCAGCAGGGCAAAAUGGUGUCGGAACACCACAUAUUCUGCCUGCACUUGGACAGUAUGGGCGACAUUAUAGUCCAGGGACUGUACAGGGUUACCAGCUACCGCCCACAUCCUGGGUUCCUCAGUAUGUGAUGCAGCCACACUUGCCACAAGUUGAGGAACAGUUUGCUUGUCAGCUGGCACCCACCACACACAUACAUAGCUACAAAAAUGACACACAACAUUCAAGAGGCAUCUCUGUGAUGAUGCCAUCAGCUGAUCCAAGCUCAGUUCAGUAUGGUUCUAUGAUUCCACCUCUCACUACUCAUAUGUCUGCCUUACAGAUUGGUACUCCUAGCUCUUAUAUAGCAAGCCCUCAUCCAUAUCCAUUCUAUCCUGGGCCAGGAGCAUCUAUCAUACAUGCUGUGCCAAUACCUGACUCUGAGCAAACAUCUAAUGCUGCUUCACCAGAUGAUACCUAUCAGCCCUACCAGACCAGUCAGCAACCAAAAUAAGUACUGAUUUGAUGUUAGUUGAUGCAUUUCAUACAAUUUAGGUGAAAGGAUGAAAAAAAUAAACAUUUUAAAAGGAAAAUAGCAUUGCAAUUUCCUUCCUCUGGAAAUUGUUAAGAUCAUCAUUGAAAGAAAGGAAAUCCAUUCACUGAUGUGUACAAGAAUUAAAGAAGAGUGAAUUGAGUCAACAAGUACCUUUAAAUGAUGAAACUAGAAUUGAAGAAUUCCCACUUUAUAUCCACGGACUUGCCACCAUCUGUCAGCGGAAAUAAUAUUAAAAAUUAAUAAUAAAUAUAGUUUAUUAUUUUUUUACUGUAGAGUAAAAUGUGUUUAGCUAUGCUGUCUACAACCUCUUGUCCUGUACAUUUUUCGUAUGAGUACCUUAGCGUUGCAUCAGUUGGUAUUGAUAAAGACUUUUGGUUACCUAAUGUCAAUGAGUGUUAGCAAAGUGGUGAUGUAAAGAG